AUGGAUGGUGACAAUAUCUCUACAAGCUCAGGAGACUCACUGGAUGUGGAAGCAGGCAGUGACAUUUGGUCACUGCUCCACAGGCUCCGUACUAAAGCAGAUAUUACAGAUAUGUUUCGAGAGAUGGAGGCAUCCCUGCGGAACGCCAUCACCUCCAUCCGUGAGGAGAUGGAAAAGAUAGGACCCAGGGUCACUGAUCUGGAAGAUGAACUUGAACUUACCCUCACUGAGGUUGACCAGCUUUGGCAACAAGUCAUACAACCGCAGGAACAGAUGGCCCUUCUCCACCGCUAUGUGAAAGACCUGGAUAACAGGGGGCGCCAGAACAAUUUGCGCAUAUGA